AUGACAGUUUACACCGUCGAAUUCCCUGAUGGUGAAGAACCAUCCAAGGAUAAAGAGGCAUACUGCACAAUCUCGUAUAGAAAAGAACCAGUCACAAGAACUCCGAAAUACGAACCAACACCAUUCCCAACAAUAGAUCCAAACGAGUGCGACGAAGAUUGCCAGAAUCUUAAAGAAGAGAAGAUCAUCAAGGAAAGAAAGAAAUUAGAAAGGGGAAUGAUACUUGGUUCCGUAUUUGGAGGACUUAUUGCCGGAAUAGUUCUUGCAACUAUUAUUACUGUCAUUAUAAUGAAGCAUAACUACGCAAAGCGUGACGAUCAUUCAGUCAUAGUUGACAGUAUAGUUUAA